CUGAUUUCAGGCGGCGAUUUGGACGGCGAUCUAUAUUUCGUAUGUUGGCAUAAAGACCUGUUACCAAGGAAAGCAAAUUAUCCGCCAAUGGACUAUCCGUCACUUCCUAAACUGGAGCAGACUGAGCCAAUUACUACUCGCGACAUGACCAAGUUUGUGGUGGAUUACAUCCGGUCGGAUCAGUUAGGCGUUAUUGACAAUGCGCACAAGGCGUUGGCGGACUUUGAGGAAGACGGUGUGCAAUCUCGGGGAUGUCUUUAUCUUGCAGAACUACACUCUCUAGCUGUUGACGCACCCAAAACGGGGAAGUGGCCGAGUACUCAGGGUAUUGAGGUUAAAAGGCUUCCUGAUUUCAUGAUGAAGAGCGAUAAACGAAGUUAUCCCUCUGAAAAGGUUAUAGGAAAGCUCUUCCAGCGCUGUCGGAAGUUUAAAGAUGCUACGUCUGAGAAAUACGAUCAAAAACUUCGUUUGGACAAGUCGUUCCUGUUGCCAGGUAACGACAGUUUCGUUGAAAACGCCAAAGAAGUCUAUUAUUGGUAUCGUGACAAGAUGGAAAGUUUGAUGCGGCUGUACGGCAUCGAAACCGAGGCAGAAAUCAUCACUGGCUGUUUCAUGAAGCUUCGAAAUCGCUUGCGCAAAGAAAAAACGGAAAUUUCCGAGCUCGUCGGCGAAGAACUGUUCGCAAUACGCUCGUACCUCCGUCGGGAAUUCUUUCGUGAAUUCGGCAGCGAUGGACAUUGGUUAAAAGGUGAAGUGCUGAUUUCUGAUGAGAUGCGUUUAAAGGCCUCGGCUUGGUACAGAGUGGCCUACACGCUUGCGGAUGAUCAUGCAAAUGAUUCAGACCCAAGCCACGAGAAGAAGCUAUUCGGUUUUCCUUGGUUUAUCAAUGACGUCAUGCUCGCCAUCAAAACACGAAAAGAUCGACCCAGUCAGCCUCAGGCCUUAGACGUUAGCGCAACCGUGGGUCAGAGCCUCGUAAGGUUGUUUAACGAAGAGAAAGACUGGUUACUUGAGGAAUUCAAAGCUCGAAUAAGUAUAAAGGACGUUAUAUGUGGCUAUCUGCAGGCCGCUGAAUCCACUUCCUCAAUGAGUAUCGUCGGCUCUACUGCCACGCUACUAUUUAACAAGACUUCAGAUCUUGAUCUGUCCUUUUUACCUCAGGAUACACAGGCACGAAGCCAUCGUGCCCUCCCUGAGGUACCACCAGAAGAAAGUAACACUUCAGUUGAGGAACAAGCGAAAGUAUUGGAGUCCCUGGUUCCUUUCUUGAAGGAGGAGACGUCAAAGCAACAAGAAAAAAAAGACGAAAAC